AUGUAUGCUCUUCCAUCGUCGGUCACAUCAAGCACAGAUGGCGAAAUGCUAUCGUUCGAAAGCAUACAAUUAAGUACGCAGGGUGCUGAGCGACAAAGAAAAGACAUUAUGAAACUUGCACUGCGCUUUGAACUUCUGAUGUGUGAGCGCCGUUGCCAACCAGAUUCAGAGAAUCUCAAUGAUGGUGAGCUGCUCCAAGAAGUCAUCAACCGCUACAACAACUACAAAGCCAACAAGGCCAUCAAGAAGUGGCAAAUAUCGCCUGACCAGCAAGAGGCUCUACAAGUGGCUACCUAUGCUGUGACUUGUGCCAACUUGAGCCAUGAUUACAAGGAAGGAGUUAACUUCUGCUUGAGACAAAGCAAGGCGGAUGGCAACAAACACGCGGCCAAAGUGAUCCACCUGAAGGAACAAAUCGAUUUGGGCUUGAGAUUGGCUGAUCAGAUGAUGGAGCGCAUGGUCCUCAUGACAGGGCCAAUAUUGGCCAGCGAAAGCGUCCUCAAUGGCCUACGUGGCGAGUACCGGCGCAUUGAAGACAAGUUCUUGUCAAUGGGUGAUUACGUCACCCCUGAAUCUGGCACCUUCCUGAGCCAUGAGACUGGCCGCUCUCUGACUGACAAAGAAGAGACAGCCCAAUGGUUGGCCAGUCCUGGGACAUGCAAAUCAAUCUUGGAGGCUUGCCUUUCGAGGGUAUCCUCCCUGAAAGGCCAAACGAUCUUGGUGCACCACCUGACCAUGUAUGAUGGGACUUGGGAGAAGGUGGUUUGUGAGAUGAUGCAUGAGUUGGCGGACGUGUGCCACAUGGCGUCCUACUCGGAGACCGACUCACCUGCCAUCUUCCAGUUCGCCGUGGGUGGGGUCAAAGACAAACUUCUAGAGGAUGAAAGGGGUGGGGAGGGGGGCGAAACAAACCCAUUGUCAACGGUACAAUGUUCCAAACACACACUCACACACACUUAUGACAAUUCGCUUUUGAUAAGUGACUUUGGCAUACCCUGCUAG